AUGUUGUCAGAUGACGAACCUUUAAGCUUGUCUUCCCACGCCUUAGCAGCUCUCGAGGAGUUCAAAAAAGAGGAGGAUGAAAGAAAGGAAAAUUUUGCAUCCUUAUACAAGAAGUCUGAAGAGGACUUUGCGGCACUGAAAGAUAUUACUAUUGAUACCUUCCAAGAAGACUGGCAGCUCUCUCAGUUCUGGUAUGCUGAUAAGACAGCCGAAAUAUUAGGUAAAGCUUUAUUAGAAGGGGCUGAUGAAGACACUAUUAUUGUUAUUGCAAGUGCACCCUCUGUGUAUGCAGCCAUUAAAAAAUUUCCUCCGGAAGAAUUACCAACCAAGCACAUUUACAUCCUUGAAUACGAUAGAAGAUUUGAACUAUUAGGUGGGUCCCACUUCAGUUUCUAUGACUAUCACAAACCACACGAUAUUCCAAGUCACCUUAGAAAUAAGUGUCAUAGAGUCUUAGUGGACCCCCCAUUCUUGGAGGAAGAAUGCCAGACUAAUUCCGCCAUUGCCGCGCAUAAUCUUCUCGUAAAGGACAAAUCUGAAAAGACCGUUAAUGGUGACUUAAAAUACAAGUUAGUCACUUCCACUGGUGAAAGAAUGAAGGACGUGAUUAAGAAAAAUUAUCCAGAUACCUUCAUCACCGAUUUCUACCCGGAACAUAAAAAUGAAUUAGGAAAUGAAUUCAGAUGCUACGCUACAUUCGAAUGUUCCCAAUGGAAAUCUACUUAA